AUGAAUAACCAGCGCCCGCAAAUGGCGGGUGCCACCACAAAAUAUACCCCCAUAAAAGAAAACUAUUAUAAUAAUGAGUUUUCCAAAUCAUUCAAUUCAUUAAUUUUAGAAGAUGAAAAUGUCAAGGUGAAGAAGAAAUCUCCCAAAGAAGGUCUGAUUAAAAGGUCGUCAAAGUUCCUUAACUUGUCGAUAGAUUUGAAGAAAGAUAUAGAUCCUUUGGAUUUGAAUGAAAUAGGCAUUGAAUCUCCUUAUAAGUCACCAUAUAAGAAAUCCCCAUAUAAAUCACCAUACAAGAUUUCUCCAUAUAAAGAUUUAAAGAAAUCACCAAAACCAACGCCAAAGAAACUCAAUACAUCAACACCCAUCAAGAACUUCAAAAGACCUCAUCAGUUAAUAUCGAAAUCACCUUCACCCCACGUUUUAUCGAAGAAAAGGUCUUCCAAUUUGAAUACUAAAGUAUCUUCACCAAAGAUUGAAUACGAUGAUAGAUUCAAAUUAAGGAAAAUGGACAGUUCUCCUAUAAAAUUUGAUUACUAUAACUUUGAAGACUUAAUAAUUGAUGAUAAUGAUUCCCCAUCUAAAAAUAGAAAGAAUAGUAAUCCAAGUAAUUUCGAUGAAGUAAGACCUAAUAAUAGUAGGACUAACUCCUACAGUUCAUAUUCAAAAAUAUUACUACCAAAAGAUUCGAAAGUCUUACAACCUAAGGAUUUGAAUGAAGAAAAAUCAUUCAAUUUCGUCAAACCAUAUCAAAUCGCAUUCAAGUCAACAGGUCUUGUGAAGAAGAAUUCAAGUAAUUUAGUUCAAUCUAAAUUACCUCCUGAAACUCCUAUCAAAAAGCAUCCUAUAAUGUUAUUUGAUAAAUUGAAACAACCCAAAAAUAGAGCUACCACCAAGUUAUCUAAUUCCCCAAUUAAACCAGAAACCCCAGAAAAGGAUCUUCAUCAUUUUGGGAAAUCAUUCUACAACAAUAAUAACAAUAGUGAGAUAUCAAUUGAAGUAGGAAGAAACCAAAGUUAUGAGAAUGAUAGUACUAUAUCAUUAUUCAAAAUCGAUGAUAAAACUGAUAGUCAAUUACUGAUACGACAAAAUAAAAUUGAAGAUAAAUCCGAUGAAGAUGUUGAAAUCGAUGAAUUCAAUUAUAUGAUCGAUUCUACUCCUACUAAAAAUAAAAGAUUACCAUCCACUCCAAUAAUCAAAAAGAUCCAAAAAGUUAUAGUUAAUGGAGAAAUCGUUGAAAGUCAAUUGAAAGGAGAAAUCGUUGAUAACCAUUUGAAUGAGAAGUUCGGUACUAACAAUAUCAAGUAUUUAUCAAAGGGAGAAUUUUCAAUAGCGUUUGAAUGUAAUUUUGAUAAUCAGAAAUUCGCUAUUAAAAGAUCUAAAAGACCAGUUAUUGGGAAAUUAGAGACUAAAAACAUCAAAAGAGAAAUUGAAGCAUUAAGGGUCUUGACCAGUGUUAAAGAUAAUGAAUCUUUGAAUUUACAAGAACAAGACGAAGGUAAAGAAUAUCUCGUAUAUUUUAUUGAAGCUUGGGAAUUCAAUAAUUAUUAUUAUAUAAUGACGGAAUUAUGUGAAGGAGGAACAUUGUUCAAAUUCUUACAGGAUAAUAAGAACUAUAAGAUUGAUGAAUUCAGAAUAUGGAAGAUUUUAAUUGAAAUCUUGAAUGGAUUAAAAUUCAUUCAUUCAAAGAAUUAUUUACAUUUAGAUUUAAAACCUGCCAAUAUUUUCAUAACUUUUGAAGGAAGUUUAAAGAUUGGAGAUUUUGGAUUAUCAACUAAAUUACCUAUCUUAGAGAAAGAUUUUGAUUUAGAAGGUGAUAGAAAUUAUAUCGCUCCUGAAUUAAUCAAUGAUAAGAUUUAUACACCAUUUGCUGAUAUCUUUUCAGUAGGAUUAAUAAUACUUGAAAUUGCUACCAAUAUUGUAUUACCUGACAAUGGUACACCAUGGAGAAAAUUGCGUAGUGGAGAUUUAAGUGACGCCGGUAAAUUAUCAUCAGAUAACAUUUCCGAUUUCUUACAUAAUAGAAAUUUUAGCUCAUUAACAUCAUAUAAUUCCAUUACAUCGAGUGAUUCUCAAACUUUAACAUCAUCACAAUUUCCUCACUUAAUGCCACCGAACAUUGAGAUUCAAACAAUUGAUAACAAUCUUGAUCCUCAUAAUAAUUUACCAACAAUUGAUAAUAUUAAAAAUUUAAUCCCAUCAACAGCACCAAAAUUUUUAUUAUCAAAUACUAAUAAUUUAGAUAAAUUGGUUAAUAAAAUGUUACAACCUAAUCCAUUUGAUAGGUUAACUGCCAGUAAAAUAUUAGAAAUGGAUGAAUGUAUUAUGGUAGAAAAUGUUAGAAAAGAAGGAGCUACAAUUUAUGAAGGAGAAUUUGGACCUGUUGAUGAUUAA